UUUAAAUUUGCUGUUUUAAUUAGUAGAUCUUCUAUUGUAAUGACAAUAUUGAGUAAGAGUAACAGAGAACAUUCAGUGGCAGAACGCUUGGUGGUUUUAAUGAAACAAUAGCUUGAAACUGGAUACAUUUUAUUGAAUGGCUUUUGUUAACAAGUCAAAGAAACCUAAAACUGAAUGUGUUUCAACGUCAAAGUGAAUAUUUGCACUUAACAGCAGUCUGUUCAUUUUAAAGGCACCAAUUUAAAGUACUAACCACAUCUUGUAUAGCUGUCACUGGGACAUCAUCCACCUGUUAACUCCUUCCAGCUGCUGAUUUCAUAUCAUAACAAUAAUAACUUCUAACGCAACAUGCCACUGAAAAACGUGCCUAAGGUCAUCUCGCCAGAACUUCUCUUUACACUUGCCUCCAUGGGACAUGGAGAUGAAAUCAUUUUGGCAGAUGCUCAUUUCCCAACCACUUCUAUCUGUAGAUUUGGACCCAAGGAAAUACGAGCAGAUGGAAUCACCAUUCCCAAACUUCUGGAAGGUAUUCUGCAGCUGUUACCCCUGGAUACCUACGUCUCUCAUCCGGUAUGUUUGAUGGACAAGGUCCCAGAAGACAAGGCAAAGGGUGUUCAGACCCCGAUCUGGACUGAGUAUCAGGUGAUCAUUGACAACAUAGAAGGUUCUCAGGUCAACAUUGAGAAGAUGGAAAGAUUCAAAUUUUAUGAGCGAGCAAAACGUGCAUUUGCUAUAGUACACACGGGAGAGCUGGCACAGUAUGGAAACAUCAUACUGAAGAAAGGCCUUGCAUUGUAACAUAUGGAAACAUCAUACUGAAGAAAGGUCUUGCAUUGUAACAUAUGGAAACAUCAUACUGAAGAAAGGUCUUGCAUUGUAACAUAUGGAAACAUGAUACUGAAGAAAGGUCUUGCUUUGUAACAUAUGGAAACAUCAUACUGAAGAAAGGUCUUGCUUUGUAACAUAUGGAAACAUCAUACUGAAGAAAGGUCUUGCAUUGUAACAUAUGGAAACAUCAUACUGAAGAAAGGUCUUGCAUUGUAACAUAUGGAAACAUGAUACUGAAGAAAGGUCUUGCUUUGUAACAUAUGGAAACAUCAUACUGAAGAAAGGUCUUGCAUUGUAACAUAUGGAAACAUGAUACUGAAGAAAGGUCUUGCUUUGUAACAUAUGGAAACAUCAUACUGAAGAAAGGUCUUGCUUUGUAACAUAUGGAAACAUCAUACUGAAGAAAGGCUUUGCUUUGUAACAAGAUAGCUUGUGACGAAACAAAACAAUGAGCUAGCAUUCUAUAAGUAAUUUAGACAUCAAAACAAUAAUAAUUGACAUUUGGGCAUUGCUCUGGGAAAACUUGGCUUAAUGCAUAGUGUUGUCCCAGAUUAGCCUGUGCUGUCCGCCUAUUAAGUAUUAUUGUGUGUAAAGGAAGUCUCUCCUUAUUAAAUAUCCAGUUUAUGCAGAAAGUGUCGCCCAUGAUAAGCCUGUGAAGACUGCACAGGCCAAUGUGGAACAACACUUGGCUCACAAGCAUUAAGCCAAGUUUUCCCACAGCAAGGCUUAUUUUAUUGUGGUUGAAUAUCAAAGUAACUGGUUAAGGUGUUAAAGAGAUGCGCUCACCAAAUACAGCCUUAUUUCUAAUUCUUGUAGUUAAGUACAUGUAAUAUAGCUUGCAAUCAUUUAAUGUGACCUCUGUUUUGUUAUUAUGCGCUUACAUUUUUACAAUAUUCAUACUGAUAACAAUCAGUGUGUGUUUCACAAGUAUUACAAAACCACAAAUGCUGUACUUUUUCAUUGAUAUAUUUGUUCAUGUUUAAUGUAUUUAUGCAUACAAAUGGGUGUAAAUGUAUUUAUCAAUCAGUGUAUAAACACUAUGUUGAUACUUGA